AUGACAUCGCCCGGAGAUGCCACUCCGGUCAGACCUCCGCCGUCCUUCUCGCCCGGCGUUCCGCGUGUCGCAUCCAAGACGAGAUACCCAGAUGAGCGCCGCAACUCGGCAUCUCCGUCUAUAGAUUCGGAACUGGUGGAUUCCACCGUCGGGUCCUCAUCGACCCCUCCUCUCUCCGCCACCACCGCGGAACUUCCCAUCAGAUCCGCAUCCCCCCAGGCACGAUCCGUACGAUCGUCGACACCACAAUUGGCCCGAUCGUCACUGGGUUCCCCGAUUGAAGGACGGCUGGAUGCUGCGGAGGAUAUACGCUCACUGAUUGUUCGAUCAUUCUCCCCGGUAGUGGGGGUUUAUGCAUCCGUGGAUACCGAUGAUCUCGUGCGCCAAAAAGGUUUCAAGGGCGGGUUUUGGGAAUUGAUACGACCGUUCGGGGAAAAUGUGCCGGGGAAGAUUGUGAUCCGGGAUAGUGUGGGAUCGAGUCGUCCGUGGGAGGACUUCGGGGUGCGGUUUGUGGAUUUAGGGGGUAGCACCGCGGGCUUGUACGACUCCAACGCAGCGCGGGCCUCCCCUCUGGCACAGGUGGAGGACGUGCUGGAAAAACAGCUGAACUCGGAUAAUGACCCGCUGAGCGGCUCGUUCCGUCCCAAUGAUCUCUUGAAUACGCCAACCAGCUCCCCGUUAUAUAAGGAUUACCUCCGGCAACUUCUCUCUAUAGCGUCUGCGACGCCCCAUGAGACUUUCCGUCAUCCGGUUGCCAGUGUCAUCGCGAUCAGCUCUCGCAACACAACCCCUCUUGAAACUCUUCGGCAGCUCUAUGCUGAUACCAGCAGUGGCGAUAGACGCCUCCCGGAAUGGAUUCACCCCGAAUAUCUCCGGUAUUAUGUUCUUGUUCACGAUGAGGAUCAGGAUGAUAUUACCGAAUCAACGAAGCUUUAUGACCAGAUGAAGCGCCAUUUUGGAUUACAUUGUCACCUUCUCCGACUACGCAGUAACCAGUGUGUGGUCACGGACGACGAUAGUGUCCGAAUGCCGGAGUCCGAAUGGCUUUCUCCAGCUGAACGGUUAUCAAGUACUACAGAUACACUGGUUGAUCUUGAUACCGACAGCCUACCUUACCUAUUCGAGUCCGAUGUUAUGGCUAUCAAGGCAUUCAUACGCGAGCUAGUCGCCCAGUCAGUCGUACCGUACAUGGAAAACCGCGUGGCGAUCUGGAAUGACCAAGUUGCAUCGCGGAGGCGCGGUAUCAGUGGCCGGUUUAUGUCCAUGUCCCGCCGGUGGGCCGGUUUUGGCUCUAGUUCUCGGUCAAGUCUGGGAUCAGGGGGUGGUGUUAGUGGCAACUAUGACGGCAAUCAUGGCUUCUACAAACCAGACUCCCCGGAAGCCGUCCUGCGCAAGAUGGCCGAUUUUGCCUUUAUGCUACGUGACUGGAAGUUGUCAGCGUCUACGUACGAGCUUCUACGAUCGGACUAUGCGAAUGACAAAGCGUGGAGGUAUCAUGCGGGGGCUCAUGAAAUGUGCGCCGUCAGCAUGUUGCUGAACCCACUUGCCAUGCCGGCAAAAACGAAACUCGAAGGUGUGGAUCAGAUGAUCGAGACUGCUUGUUACUCCUAUCUUACGCGAUGCUCCGAUGGUCCCAAUGGUCUCCGAUGUUUGACACUCGCCUUGGAGCUACUCAAAUCACGUGGAGGAUCAGCUAUUGAGAGUGCGACGCGGUGGGCCAUGCGGGCCAUGGACCUCGGACUAGUCGGGCCAAUUGGCCAGGGACUGUUCAGUGAGCGGAUUUCUGCUUGUUACGCAUCUCGAAAUCCGAUAUCCGGUGUUCGAUGGGGCGCUCGUCGCCGCAAAGCUGGGAUGUGGGCCGUCCUCGCAGCUGACCUUUGGCUGCGACUUGGACAGCCCGCGCUGGCCUCGUCAAGUCUGGAGGAGGCUGAGCGCCUCUAUGCCGAUGUUCUCGAUCAUGACGGCGUUUUCACGAUGCCCGAGAUGCAGACGUUCAUUGACAACCUACGCCAUGCGGUGAAAGUGGAAUACCUUGGAGCUCGAGGGUUGGACACGAGCAAUGAAACCAUCACAGCCAGUGCCCUUGGCACAGAGGAGACAAGCGAACAACUGGACAAGCGCAAGAACCGCCGGUCCCUUAUCGCUAAUCCCUUGGACUCGGGAGGUCUCAAUCCUGGCCAAGUGAUAGGGGAUGAUAACAAUCCCGCGAAUGACGAUUUUGAACGAGCUUAG